AUGUCACGCCCAGGAUUACCGACUCUCCGUUGGGGAAUCGUUGCGACUGGCCUUAUUUCCUCAUGGUUCGUAUCGGAUCUAGCUCUGCCCCGCCCAGAUGCUAAGGCAAAGCACGUGAUCCAAGCCAUUGGUUCAUCUUCAAUGGAAAAGGGACAACGUUUUGCCAAAGAUCUCAUACCAAGCCUCUCACCAACCAUCUACUCCAGCUAUUCCGAGGUGUACGCCGACUCGGAUGUCGAUAUUGUGUACAUAGGAACGCCACACGCAUUUCACGCACGCAACUGCCUCGAUGCCAUUGCAGCUGGUAAACAUGUUUUGUGCGAAAAGCCGUUUGCUCUCACGGCUUCUGAAGCUGAGGAAGUCUUUUCCGCUGCAGCAAAACGAGGCGUGUUUGUCAUGGAAGCCAUGUGGACUCGCUUGUACCCUCUCAUGCGAACGUUGCAGUCGGUCAUUCACGAAGAGAAGUUGAUCGGAAAGGUGCAAAGGGUGUUUUGCGAUUUCUCGCUCGACAUGGACAUCGAAGCGUUGGGACUUGAUUCUCGACUUAAGAAUCCGGCGCUGGGGGCUGGCUCGUUGCUCGACAUUGGUAUCUACUCGCUCACCUGGGGUCUCCUGGCAUUGGACCGGGCGAUUGGAGAAGAAGCUCAGAAACCGCGCAUUCUUGCGGCACAGACAUUGUCCAACGACAUCGACGUCGCGAGCUCAAUGAUCCUUUCAUACCCUACUGGCGCCCAAGCUAUCCUCACAUCGUCCCUGUGGUCGAGGACAGAUUCGGACUUUUGCAGAAUCGAGGGCACCGAGGGCCAUAUCGUGGUAUCAGGACCAGGCUCAUCCGCGCCACAACGUUUUGUGGUUCAUUCGAAAAGCGGAAACAACACAUCGUCCGCAGGGACGACUGAUACCGGAAAGAUAUACGAAUUUGAAAAACCUGGGCAUGGAUUCUACUUUGAAGCAGACGCAGUCGCACUCGAUAUCGCGGCUGGUAGAGUUCAGAAUAGCAUUAUGCCAUGGAAGGAAACUGUACGGGUUAUGCGGCUUCUUGAUGAGGUAAGGCGACAAGGAGGCGCUAGAUUCCCUCAGGACAAGGCACAGACAUAA